CAAGCCGAUUUUUUUGUUUACGGUUGUAUUUAUAACAUAGCUAUUUGACAUACUUAUCAUUGCAUUGAUUUUUAACAUCAAGUUGAAUGAAAGUGAAACCAAUCUGCUUACGCCAAUAGUUUGUAUUGUGUUUAUAUCCAUUGAAACCGGAGGAAAAAUGCCAGAAAUAUCGAAUAUAUCCACACAGCAGGCAUUUUGGUCGGAUCCGUGUGAUUGGCAUAACUUGAUUUCAACGGAAUUACGUGAAUACAUACUGGAACGAGUCUUCACCACAUUGCUGCGGAACAUUGCAACGAUUGAUGAUUUAUCACAGCAAGAUUUUUCCGAGCUCACCGAGCUGGCAAAAUGGAUUGAAUGCCAAUCAUUCAUUACGGCUAUAUCAAGGGGAAACUAUUAUCGUUUGCUGGAUAUGUACUUGGGCAAAACACAACCCGAAUUGAAAGAAAACUAUGAGCAAUACAAAGAAGAACGAAGACGUAAUUUAUAUUUGAUUGAACACCCAAAGACAAAGCCUUGGCACGAAUCCUUUUCAACUGAUCUGCGAAAAACCAUCAUUUCAACAUUUGUCGAAGAGAUAAUUCCGACCAGUGAACGCUCGUCAUUGUUGGACGAAUCGGAACAACGACUACUGAUGCUCGCCUCACGCUCAGAGGUGGUCGCAUAUGGGAUAGCCACUUCCAGAGCUGAAUACUAUAAUGUGUUGGGCAAAAAAAUUGGCGAAAUCAAAUCGAGAAUCGAUAGUUUGAUGCAGCAUGUGAGAGGAAGGCAAAGUUCCGGCAUCACGUCGUCCACGAUUGACAUCAUAUCUCAGCCGGGCAACUAAGCAAAUUCAUUUAUUUCGAUUUUUUAGUUUACCAAAGAUAGACAUAUUCAUUUUCUUUGGAUCAUUAGCUCAAAUUUGUACGUAGAUUUACGUGAAAUAAAAUUUUUAACAUGAAAACCAAAUCUUUUUUUC